AGGCACUGACAACCAUGUAUAUUUGGAACGCUAAUUAAAGUCUUGCCAGCAGCUGUAGAGGUUACUCUUAUUCUGACAAAGUUCCACCGGAACCGUCCGUGGUACUUGAAGCGACUAUAAGGCACUAUUCUCUCUGUCAGCCAAAUUGAGCAGUAUUGCAUCCUCAGCAUGGCAACUGAAGAGCUAGCUAGGAAGCUACAGUCGCGCCUGGCUGCUACACAGCAGGCUGAGCCGAGGCCAGAAUCUGAACAGAGCACGGUUCGAUCAAAACCACAGGAGCCCGAGGCAGCCUGCGGCGACUUGCCCUCCGAGCUGUCCGUCAAACUGACCCGCAGACUGGACAUCAACGAGGGCAACGCUGCUCCCCGACCGACCCGCGUCUUCAACCCGUACACGGAGUUCAAGGAGUUCUCCCGCAAGCAGAUUAAGGACAUGGAGACGGUGUUCAAACGGUAUGACACUGGUAAAGAUGGUUUCAUCGACCUGAUGGAACUGAAGCUGAUGAUGGAGAAGCUGGGAGCUCCACAGACCCACCUGGGCCUCAAGAACAUGAUCAAAGAGGUGGAUGAAGACUUUGAUGGCAAACUGAGCUUCAGGGAGUUCCUGCUGAUCUUCCGAAGAGCAGCAGCUGGAGAACUGCAGGAAGAGAGUGGUCUGAUGGCUCUGGCCAGACUUUCUGAGAUCAAUGUCUCCACUGAGGGAGUGAUGGGGGCCAAAGACUUCUUUGAAGCCAAGAUGCAGGCUGUGUCUUUGGGCAGCACGUUUGAGGCUGAGAUUCGAGAGGAGAAAGAAGAGCGCAAGAGACAGGAAGUGGAAAAAAAGCAGAGACAAGCCGCCUUCAAGCAGCUGCAGUCCACCUUCUGCUCAUGACCAGCCAAAGGAGGCACAUAUCAAUCCUGAUAUGCACAGUGUUAAUGAAUUUUGAGAAACAGCUUCACACUUCACUUGCACCUAAAUUAAUGUCACAUCUCUCAAUCUGACACUUUAUAAUAACAAUAGCAAGAUAUUUUCAAGUAAAUACUCACUAAAAUACUUAAAAAUACCAGAUAAUACAUCUGUUUUUUUAAUUUAUACCAGAACUAUUGCAGCUGUUCCACAGAACAUAGUAAUGCAAAAACACAACUUACACAAGAAGAUAUAUGUGAUAUAUAGUGAAAUAUCAUAGAUUUGUGCACUGAUAUGAAUUUUCUUGUGUCCCCUUGUGCAAGAAAAAGACGUUUUCACCUCAAGGGAGUUUUAAUGUGUUUAGGCUAAGUGAAGCUGUAUUCAGUGUAUGCAUAUGUUGUUUGUGAAACAUUUUUUAUUUCAUGUUACAGUUUGGUCAGGAUUCGUGUCAUAUGAUCUUGUCACCCUAACUUAGUUAACACUGGGUGUAAUUAAGCGAACAUCUACUCUGCAAUCUGUAAUGUGAUAGAAAUAGUAUUGCAAUAGAUAGUAUGUAUGUAUGUAUGUAUGUAUAGUAGUAUGAAUAACUAUAAUAGUUAGGAAGUAUUAAAUCACAUAGGGUGGAAUGGAUGGAACAUUUGUUGGUGGCAAAGUAAGCCUUGUCCACCUUUGACCACUGACUGUCACUCUUAGCUCAGUUGCUAAUCCAACACUAAACAGGUCACACUGUGAUUGGCUUUCAUGAACAAUCUGUAGCCUGAAAAUUGAAACAGUCGGGACCAGCUUUUUUUUUUUUUUUUGAUAAUAAUUUGAUCCACUAAACAUACACUCCACUGGUUUUGGCAAUGUGCUCCAAAUCCCAGAUGACCACUAAAACGUAAUGGUGAACUUUUCCAGGGAUUUCAUUAUUUUCUUUCUCUCUUUGUUUUGUUUUGGGUUUUUUUUUUUACUUUCUUUCUGAGGGUGAAAUCAAGGGAUCGUUAACAUUUUCAAGUGUGUUUUAAAUAUAGACCUGCAGUCAGUGGAUGUGUUGGCCUAACUUAGCAUGAAGACAGAUAGCCUACCAACAUCUCCAAAGCUCACUAAUAUAUUGUAUCUUAAGUCCCUCACAAACUAUAGACAGUACAGCUUGUGUUUUUAGUUGUACUCACAAGCUGGAAAUUUCUUGGUGAACAACAGACCAUGUGACUCCGGCUAAAACCCCAAAUUAUCACUUUGAUGUCUGUUUAUAUGCAGAUUCAAUACACAAGAUACAACAUGUUACUUAGUAAGCUUGAUUUAAGCAUGAUGUUAGCUAGCAUAACAUUUUUGAUCUGGAUGGAGCCACGCUACUGGUUUCCUCCUGCUUACAGUCUUUAUGCCAAGCGAGGCAAACCAUGUCUUGACUCGCACACAUGAGAUUUACAGCAGUCCUCUCAUCUCAAUCUAAAAAGGAGAGCUAAUAAACAUAUUUCCCCUAACCAUUAAAUAAUCCACAGCAAAAGCAGACUGCUUGUAUUUAAGCAUGCUUACCUGUUUUACCAGGAUUUUUCAACUUUGGCUGAUGAUUCUGUUUGUCUGUUCUGUUGUUAAGUUGUCAUGAAUUUUAGUGUGUUUGUAAGAGCAUGCAGUGCAAGUGUAUUAUAAAUUCUAGAGAUUCUAAGUUUUCUUUAAUUUAUGUUACCUGUAAAAUUGGCCAUAAAUAACAAUGUCCUCCAAGUCUGCAUGCAUAACAAGUAACAGCAAUCUUAACUGAUGAUCUGAUAAUGAUCACUCAUCUGAUUCACCUGCUGGUACUGUUCAUUUUCGAGGUGUCUUGGUGGAAAGGCAUCUCCAUCAGGCUGCUUUUGUCAGCAUGACUCCACUACGUUAUUUGAAUAGUCAGCACUUUUUGAAUCACUUUGAUAGGUUUACAGACUGUGACAUUAUGUUUUGUUGUAGAGUCUAAUUUGUGACGUUUCAAAGCAAAUAUAGUGUAAGUUUGAAAGGGGUACACCAGUGAUUUUGUACUGUACUUUCAUGAAGUGAAGGAACUAACAAAAGACAAAUUUAUAAAAGACUUGUCCACCUCCUACAACACUGGAACCUACAUUCCCCAAUAUGCAUUGCUUGAUAUCACCUAAUUAGUAAAUAACCAGAUCUGUCAGACUUCAUGGGUCUUGUACUGCAGCCUUUCUGUUAUGAAUUAGUAAGCUGCAAGCUAUGCAAACCAUGUCCCACUUUCACAGGCUGAAUAGAAUAAUACUAAAUGAUGUUGCUGUGUAAAAUCAUUUCCCUUUUAUUGUGUCCAGUAUUUGAGAUACACAGUGUGUGCCCAUUGUGUAUGUAAGUAGUAUCUUUAAAGUCAACACUGAAUAAUAAUUAAUAUUGAAUACAUCAGAAGUGUCCAGAAUGAC